AUGCCUAGUGUAUAUUCGAGAAUUAAAAUGGCUCGUGAUGUUUUAUCAUCAUUCAAUAAUAAUAAUGGAAAAAAGCAAUUUCAUUUAUCGAGAGAACUAAUGAAUUACGAGAAUGCUAUCAAAAAAUUAAAUACGCUUCAAACAAAUGCUUCUGUGUUAGAAUUAUCAAGACAAAGAGGAAAAGUCAGUCAUGUAGAAUUGGCAUCAAAAGUUGAUUCUACGGUCCAGUAUUUACAAAAAACGGGGAUAAAAUUGGAAAAUAUAAAUCAACUUUCAAUAAUUCAUGUGUCAGGAACUAAAGGAAAGGGAACAACAUGUGCUUUAUGUGAAUCUAUAUUAAGGCAUCACGGAUAUCGUACAGGUUUUUAUUCUUCACCACAUUUAAUUCAUGCGAGAGAAAGAAUUCGAAUAAAUGGCAUGCCACUUGGUUUUAAUCAAUUUUCCGAAUAUUUCGAAGAAGUCUACGAUCAAAUAGUUGAAAAAAAGGAACACGAAAAUGACAUGCCGGCUUAUUUUAAAUUCAUGACAGUUUUGGCAUUUAACGUUUUUAUCAAAGAAAAAGUGGACGUUGCCAUCAUCGAAGUAGGAAUCGGGGGAGAAUAUGAUUGUACGAAUUUCAUAAGAAAUCCAUCUGUCGUGGGAAUAACGUCUCUUGGAAUGGAUCACACAAGUAUAUUAGGUAAUAACAUAAGCGAAAUAGCGUGGCAAAAAGCGGGUAUAAUGAAACCUGGUGCCACGGCAUUUACCGUUCCUCAAAAAUAUCCCGGAGCUUUAGAAGUUUUGAAAGAGCGCGCAUUGAGCAGAAGAGUAAUUGAUUUUAUUCGCGAUGGCGAUAACGUUCAAGCAUUAAAUUCAUCUUUGGCUUUGCAAUUGGCUAACGAAUGGAUGAGACUUCAUUCUCCCUUUGUGGAAAAAGUCGAAGAGAAAACAAUGCAAGACCUAUCGGAAGCCAUUCCAACAGCAAAAGCAUUCCAAGUAACCAAAAAAAUGAUAGACGGAUUAAAAGAUUGUUCUUGGCCUGGAAGAACACAAAUUUUACCGAGAGAAAAAUUAACUUAUUUUCUCGAUGGCGCACACACGGAAGAAAGUAUUAAACAUUGUUCGAAUUGGUUUAAAAAAUGUUCGAAAACGUUACUAAGCAGCGACAAAGAAGACAAUGUAAAAAAAAUUUUAAUUUUUAAUACGACGGGACAAAGAGACGCGGAAAAAUUUUUGAAACUUCUUUCAACUAAUAAUUUUCAAUACGCAAUAUUUACGACUAACGUAAUUUAUCCGAAACCAGACAGUAAUAAUAAUAAUAUUGGGAGCGAAGAAGCUAGAAAAGUAGCUGAAACGAAUAUGAUGCUGUGGAAAAAACUCGUACCAUCGAAUGAAGAUAAUUGCACGGUAAUUAUAAAAAUCGAUACGUCACGAAAUACUUUUAAAAAAGAUUUUUUACGUAUUUUUUCGGUCACUCCAACGGUAUCAGACGCAUUAAAUUUUGUAAAUAAUUUUGCCAACGAAAAUGGAUUUUGCCACGUUUUAGUGACCGGAUCGUUACAUCUCAUUGGCAACACUCUAAGCAUAUUAGAUCCAGAAUUGUUGGAACCUGUUCACAACGUUCCAAAGGAUCUUAAACCUCUUCAAAAUAUUUACAAAAGCUUACAAGCAAGUUUGUAA